UUGUGGAAAGUUAACAUUGUUUGGUGAUAGAGAUAAUAGUGAAUAUUUUUGUUCCUUCUCCCCAAUGUUGGUUUCACAGCUGUAAUGGCAUGCUUAGACAUGUACAACUCCGACCAUAAGUCCCUCCACCACCGUGCUCCGGCCAGCCCUCGAAUCUCCUUCUCAAGCGACUUCGUGGACAUCCAGCAGUCCCUCAAACGCCAAGAGCAACGCUCCUGUGCUGCCCCGGGCCCCGUCUCCUCCUCUGAUUUCGAAUUCUCCGUCUCCAACUACUCCAUGAUGACAGCCGACGAACUCUUCUUCGAGGGACGCCUUCUCCCCUUCAAGGACUCCCACAGGGCUGCCACUACUCUUAGAGAUGAACUUCUGGUCGAGGAAGAGGAAGAGGAAGAUGAGGAGGAGAACGAUGUUUCCCAGCGCCCUUCGAGGGGCAGCUGGAAGGGGUUUCUAGGCUUGAAAAAGUCCCAGAAUGCCUCCAAGAAAGCGUCCGGUGGCAAAAGGUCGUUGGGUUGGUCUCCCUCACCUAGUACCACCGCAAACUCCUCCCAGGUACAAAACGAAGGAGGAUCGAGUUGCAAAGACGUGGAGAUUGAGCUCUAGAGAAAGGGAGAAGCUUAGUUUUUUUUUUUAAUAAAUAAAUUGUAGCUAAGUGUUAAGUUGUGGAGUUGAUUAAUGUUAAGAAAGACGUAGCGUUUGAAAGGAUUGUUGAGUAGAGUCCUUUGGAAUCAAAUAUUAAAGCAUGGCAAUUUCAUAAAAUUGUAUCCUUAAACAGCGGAAGUCAAAAGAGAAAUAAAUAUUUGAUUAAGGUGAGGCUGAAUGCGAGGGUUUCAAUGCAAACUUUUACAAUAUUAAUGUA